AUAAUCAGAACAACGGAAAGAUGGGCAGAUCGAGUUGCUCUUGUAACCGGUGCAUCUGUUGGCAUUGGUGCCGCUAUUGUGCGACAGCUUGUUCAAAAUGGUAUGAAAGUUGUAGGCUGUUCAAGAAAUAUCGAUAAAAUUCAGGCUCUAAAAACGGAAUUAUCAUCUGCCAAAGGCCAGGUAAUACCUGUGAGAUGUGACCUAACAAAAGAACAAGACAUUAUGGAUAUGUUUACCAUGAUCAAACGAGAUCUAGGUGGCGUAGAUGUUUGUGUUAACAAUGCUGGAUUAGCACAUGCAGCUCCAUUACUGAGCGGAGAAACAAAAGAUUGGAGAGAAAUGGUGGAUGUAAAUAUCAUUGGGUUGACAAUUUGUACAAGAGAGGCUGUCAAGCAAAUGAGGGAAAAGGGCGCGAAUGAUGGACAUGUAUUUCUGCUAAACAGUAUAUCUGGUCAUAUAGUAAGUCCUUUGGCUAUUGGACAUUUUUAUUCAGCUACCAAACAUGGUGUGACUGCUCUCGGAGAAGGUAUCAGACACGAAUUGCGAGAAAUGAAAUCACAAAUAAAAAUCACGUCAAUCAGUCCAGGUCUAGUGGGAACAGAGUUUGUACAGAAGAUGGUGAAAAGUGAGGCAAAAGCUAAGGAGUUAUAUGCAAGUAUAAAGUGUCUCCAAGCCGAUGAUAUAGCAGAUGCUUUAAUAUAUGCAUUAAGUGCUCCACCACAUGUCCAGAUACACGACAUUUUGAUGCGUCCAACAGACCAAGUCAGAUGAUAGGUUACUAAAAUCUUUUAUAAAACAAUGUCAUUUAAUUGUUAUUUUCAUAACGUUCUUGCUCUUGCCAAUGUUUUAUUAUGUUUAGUUAGUAAAUGCUACUAUUAGUUUAUAUCGCUUAUUUAAAUA